UUGGCGGUUGGACAGUCUUUUUCAUUUGGUGAAUUAGCUAAUUCAGAAUGCAGGCGUCGACGCAUUUAUUAAAAGGAAAUUUAGAGUUUGAGAUUUCAAAACGGAGAGAUUUACAUUGUUUUGGUGAAGUUAAGGAACGGAAGUCGACUUUGAAUCCUAAUCUUUGCAUCCGAAGGGGUUCCAUUUGUAGUGAUUUACGUUCUGGUGCCGUUUCAAUGGGAGCUGAGCUCGCACGUGCCAGAGAUAGUAUUGAAUCCGUCGUUCAAUCUUCGAUCAAAUCUCGAUCUGUCAAAGCUCAGGCUUCUGGUGAUCUUGAGGAUUUGGCACCAAUCAACCCUCGGAAGAAAUCUGCUGGAUCGGUUUUACCAUUUUUCGGUGUUGCUUGCUUGGGAGCUAUAUUGUUUGGUUACCAUCUAGGGGUGGUAAAUGGUGCUCUUGAUUAUCUAUCUAAGGAUCUGGGAAUUUCUCAAAAUGCUGUCGUACAAGGAUGGGUUGUCAGCACACUCCUUGCUGCUGCUGCAGUGGGUUCUUUUACUGGAGGAGCAAUGGCAGAUAAGUUUGGCCGAACACGAACUUUCCAAUUAGAUGCUAUUCCACUAAUCAUCGGAGCAGUUCUUACUACUAUAGCGCCUAACUUCCAGACUAUGAUAAUUGGCCGCUUACUGGCUGGCAUCGGUAUUGGUAUAACAUCUGCUAUUGUACCUCUUUACAUAUCUGAGAUCUCACCGACGGAAAUCCGUGGUGCACUUGGAUCUGUAAACCAACUUUUCAUAUGUAUUGGGAUUCUUGCAGCAUUGGUGGCUGGAUUACCUUUAUCAGGAAACCCAAUAUGGUGGAGGGCAAUGUUUGGCCUUGCUGUUGUCCCUUCAAUUUUAUUGGCAGUAGGAAUGACAUAUUCCCCUGAAAGUCCUCGGUGGCUUUUUCAGCAAGGGAAAAUUUCUGAAGCUGAAAAAUCUACAAGAACACUAUAUGAAAAGGAAAGAGUUACUGAGGUUAUGUAUGAGCUAAGUAAUGCAGGUCAGGGUUCUACAGAACCAGAAGCAGGAUGGUUUGAUCUAUUCAGCUGCCGAUACAGGAAAGUUGUGAGUGUUGGUGCUGCACUUUUCUUGUUCCAACAGUUUGCCGGAAUAAAUGCCGUGGUGUAUUAUUCUACAGCUGUCUUUCGUAGUGCUGGAAUUGCAUCUGAUGUUGCUGCUAGUGCUCUUGUUGGUGCAUCAAAUGUCUUUGGCACAGUUAUUGCAUCCUCUCUGAUGGACAGACAAGGAAGGAAAAGUCUUCUAAUCACAAGCUUUGCCGGAAUGGGUGCAUCAAUGUUGCUGUUGUCAUUGUCAUUCACUUGGAAGGUUCUGACCCCCUACUCUGGAACGCUAGCCGUUGUUGGGACUGUUCUCUACGUCUUAUCGUUUUCGCUUGGUGCCGGUCCGGUGCCUGCUCUUUUGCUUCCCGAAAUAUUUGCUUCCAGAAUCAGAGCAAAAGCAGUGGCUUUAUCGCUUGGCAUGCAUUGGAUAUCGAACUUCGUCAUCGGCCUGUAUUUCCUGAGUGUUGUGGACAAGUUCGGAAUCGGUGCAGCAUAUACAGUAUUCGCCGCUGUCUGUCUUCUUGCUGUCUUGUACAUAGCUGGUGCUGUCGUCGAAACCAAGGGGCGGUCAUUGGGAGAAAUUGAGCUUGCUCUUAAUCCUUCAGGACUUUCUUCAUCCUGAAAGUAAUCAGCAUGUGUUCUAGCACUUGGUAUAAACCGUCUGAGGUUUUCAAACAGGAUUCUAUAGUUUGGUCUUGCACUAAUAAGAAUAUGCGAGCUUAUGGUUUUGUUUACAAAAGAGGUCAAGGAUCAUAAACCUGUCGGAUGUUACCUCAGAAGGUAGAUUAU